AUGGGGCCUCGCUACAACCAUGGUCUAACAAAGAGUAUGGGGCCUCAAUACAACUAUGGUUUAACAAAGAGGACGGGGCUUCACUACAAUUGUGAUUUAACAAAGAGGAUGGGGCCUCACUACAACUAUGGUCUAACAAAGAGGAUGGGGACUCACUACAACUAUGGUCUAACAAAGAGGACGGGGCCUCCAUACAACCAUGGUCUAACAAAGAGGACGGGGCCUCGCUACAACCAUCGUCUAACAAAGAGGAUGGGGCCUCGCUACAACCAUCCGGAUGGGGACUCACUACAACUAAGGUCUAAAAAAGAGGAUGGGGCCUCGCUACAACCAUCGUCUAACAAAGCGGAUGGGGACUCACUACAACUAAGGUCUAACAAAGAGGAUGGGGUCUCACUACAACCAUGGUCUAACAAAGAGGAUGGGGCCUCGCUACAACCAUCGUCUAACAAAGAGGAUGGGGACUCACUACAACCAUCGUCUAACAAAGAGGAUGGGGCCUCGCUACAACCAUCGUCUAACAAAGAGGAUGGGGACUCACCACAACUAAGGUCUAACAAAGAGGAUGGGGCCUCGCUACAACCAUCGUCUAACAAAGAGGAUGAGGCCUCGCUACAACCAUCGUCUAACAAAGAGGAAGGGGCUUCACUACAACCAUGGUCUAACAAAGAGGAUGGGGCCUUGCUACAACCUUCGUCUAACAAAGAGGAUGGGGCCUCGCUACAACCAUCGUCUAACAAAGUGGAUUGGGCCUCGCUACAACCAUCGUCUAACAAAGAGGAUUGA